UCUAUAUAGAAAAAUACACUAGGACAGUGCAUAUAUAUGUGUAUUAUGCCAUAAUUUGGUGUAAAGUACUAGAUACACGCAGCAUGCCAGUACACUUUGUACGUUUCAGAAUCUUUUACUUAUGUGUGCAUGUAUUAAUAGUUUAUUUAUAGUUAGUACUAAAGUAAAUUUUCCGUCCCUAUCACGCCACUGCCCUGUUUGCAGGGGGAGUAAUCCAAUAAGGAGGAGAGACCGAAUCGCCCCUCUGUGUUUUCCUCAGAUACUAAAGCCAAAGCAACAGAGGAACUCGGCACGACUCAGCACAGCAUCAAACACUGCUGCUGUUGGACCCACAAUGGCAGAACGCUAUGAUUGUCACUACUGCAAGGAGUCCCUGUUUGGGACGAAGUAUAUUCUGCGAGAAGAGAACCCCUACUGUGUGAAGUGCUACAACAGCCUUUACUCCAACACCUGCGAGGAGUGCAAGAAACCCAUUGGCAGCGACAGCAGGGAUCUUUCCUAUAAGGACCGCCACUGGCACAGUGACUGCUUCCAAUGCUUCAAGUGUAGACGCUCCAUAGCAGACAAGCCGUUCUCAACCAAGGAUGAGCAGCUGCUCUGCACGGAGUGCUACGCCAACGAGUAUUCGUCCAAGUGCCACAAGUGCAAGAAGACCAUCAUGCCUGGUUCGAGGAAAAUGGAGCACAAGGGCAGUAGCUGGCACGAGACAUGCUUCACCUGUCAGCGUUGUCAGCAGCUCAUCGGCACCAAGAGCUUCAUCCCGAAAGAUGACAGCAACUACUGUGUGCCCUGCUACGAGAAGCAGUUUGCCUUCCAGUGUGUGCAGUGCAAGAAGCCAAUCACCACUGGCGGUGUGACCUACCACGAGCAGCCGUGGCAUAAAGAUUGCUUCCUGUGCACGGGCUGCAAGGAGCAGUUGGCUGGACAGCGCUUUACUUCUCGUGAUGGCUUCCCUUACUGUCUUGCCUGUUUCUGCAACCUUUAUGCUAAGAAGUGUGCCGCCUGUACCAGCCCUAUCAGUGGUCUGGGUGGCAGCAAGUAUAUCUCCUUCGAGGAGCGCCAGUGGCAUCAUGACUGCUUCAACUGCACAAAGUGCGCUGUGUCCUUGGUGAAUCGUGGCUUCCUGACCGUGAGGGACAACAUCCUGUGUCCUGACUGUGGCAAAGACAUCUGAGCACUGGAGCACCUGAGUGGAAAAGUAGCUGACGGCGUGAGAUAAUAAGUAGCUGAUGUUGUUAAAUGACUGUUUUAAUUUUAAGAUUUUGUCACACUUUUCACUGACAUAUCUAAUCUGUUUGAGUGAUUCAUAUAUAUAUAUAUAUAUAUAUAUAUAUAUAUAUAUUAUUUUAAACUAGAUAACUAUGUCAUUAUAUCGUUACGAAUAUAUAAGUAGGAAACUUCCCCUUAUGAGGCUGGAUAGCCAAACCACAGUAGUACCUGCACUGUGAAAGGCUUUAUGUUGACUCUAAAGACUAUUUUGAUUUAAGAUAUUGCUAAGGACAUAACACUGAAAUGGACUAAUAGCAUGAUUCUGCAGCUGUUUAUCUACAAAAUUAAGAGCUACGGCUGUUAAUAAAAUAGACGAAAAAUGCACUGAAGUGUCGUGUGUUAAAGACGUCUUUCUUAUCAUAAGUGUUAUGGAGUCACAGAGAAGGUAGGGCACUUUAGGUGAAGCUCUGUGUCGAUGGUUAGCACGUUCGCCUCACACCGCCAGGGUCGGGGGUUCGAUUCCCACCGUGGCCCUGUGUGUGCGGAGUUUGCAUGUUCUCCCCGUGCUGCGGGGGUUUCCUCCGGGUACUCCGGUUUCCUCCCCCAGUCCAAAGACAUGCAUGGUAGGCUGAUUGGCGAGUCCAAAGUGUCCGUAGUGUAUGAAUGUGUGUGUGAUUGUGUGCCCUGCGAUGGAUUGGCACCCUGUCCAGGGUGUACCCCGCCUUGUGCCCCAUGC